CUCAGCAGAGCAGCCAUGGCCUCUGGAGAUGCUGAGAUGGCCGUUUUUGGGGAGGCAGCUCCUUACCUCCGAAAGUCAGAGAAGGAGAGAAUUGCGGCCCAGAACAAGCCUUUUGAUGCCAAGUCAUCCGUCUUUGUGGCUCAUCCUAAAGAAUCCUUUGUGAAAGGGACAAUUCAGAGCAGGGAAUCAGGGAAAGUCACUGUCAAGACUGAAGGGGGAGAGACCCUGACCGUGAAGGAAGAUCAAGUCUACUCCAUGAACCCUCCCAAGUACGACAAAAUCGAGGACAUGGCCAUGAUGACCCACCUCCACGAACCCGCUGUGCUGUACAACCUCAAAGAGCGUUACGCAGCCUGGAUGAUCUACACCUACUCGGGUCUCUUCUGCGUCACUGUCAACCCCUAUCUGCUGGAGAAGUCCAGAGUCACUUUCCAGCUCAAGGCGGAAAGAAGCUACCACAUCUUCUAUCAGAUCAUGUCCAACAAGAAGCCAGAGCUAAUUGAAAUGCUCCUCAUCACCACCAACCCUUAUGAUUUCCCUUUUGUGAGUCAAGGUGAGAUCAGUGUUCCCAGCAUUGAUGACAAGGAGGAGUUGAUGGCAACAGAUAGUGCCAUUGACAUCCUGGGCUUCACUGCUGAUGAGAGAACAGCCAUCUACAAGCUGACAGGGGCAGUCAUGCACUACGGGAACCUGAAGUUCAAGCAGAAACCAAGAGAGGAGCAGGCAGAGCCUGAAGGCACAGAAGUCUCCCAGGAGAAUUUAAACAAGCUGAUGACCAACCUGAGGAGCACCCACCCCCAUUUUGUGCGCUGCAUCAUCCCAAAUGAAACGAAAACACCUGGUGCCAUGGAGCACGAACUGGUGCUGCACCAGCUGCGCUGUAACGGUGUGCUGGAAGGGAUCAGGAUUUGCAGGAAAGGAUUUCCCAACAGAGUCCUGUAUGCAGAUUUUAAACAGAGAUACAAAGUAUUAAAUGCCAGUGCUAUCCCAGAGGGACAGUUCAUUGACAGCAAGAAGGCUUGUGAGAAACUUCUUGGAUCAAUUGAUAUAGACCACACUCAAUACAAAUUUGGUCACACUAAGGUGUUCUUCAAAGCUGGGCUCGUAGGCCUCUUGGAGGAGAUGAGGGAUGAGAAGCUGGCACAGCUCAUCACCCGCACACAGGCCAGGUGCAGGGGUUACCUGAUGAGGGUGGAGUACCAGAGAAUGGUGGAGAGAAGAGAGUCCAUCUUCUGCAUCCAGUACAACAUUCGUGCAUUCAUGAAUGUCAAACACUGGCCCUGGAUGAAGCUGUUCUUCAAGAUCAAGCCCUUGCUGAAGAGUGCAGAGUCUGAGAAGGAGAUGGCCAACAUGAAACAAGAGUUUGAGAAAACCAAGGAAGAGCUUGCAAAGUCUGAGGCAAAGCGGAAGGAGCUGGAGGAGAAAAUGGUGAAACUGGUGCAGGAGAAAAAUGAUCUGCAGCUCCAAGUGCAGGCUGAAGCUGAUGCUUUGGCUGAUGCUGAGGAAAGGUGUGACCAGCUCAUCAAAACCAAAAUCCAGCUGGAAGCCAAAGUUAAAGAAGUGACUGAAAGGGCUGAGGAUGAGGAGGAAAUCAAUGCUGAGCUGACAGCCAAGAAAAGAAAACUGGAGGAUGAAUGUUCAGAGCUGAAGAAAGAUAUUAAGAUGCGCCGCGACCUCGAAGAGGCCACGCUGCAGCACGAAGCCACGGCUGCCGCCCUGCGCAAGAAGCACGCGGACAGCACAGCUGAGCUCGGGGAGCAGAUCGACAACCUGCAACGCGUCAAGCAGAAGCUGGAGAAGGAGAAGAGUGAGCUCAAGAUGGAGAUUGAUGACCUGGCCAGUAACAUAGAGUCUGUUUCCAAAGCCAAGGCGAACCUAGAGAAGAUGUGCCGCACCCUGGAAGACCAGCUGAGUGAAUAUAAAACAAAGGAGGAGCAGAAUCAGCGCAUGAUCAGUGAUCUUAGUGCUCAAAGAGCACGUCUACAGACAGAAUCUGGUGAAUAUGGACGCCAGGUGGAGGAAAAAGAUGGUUUAAUUUCUCAGCUGACUAGAGGGAAACAGGCUUUCACCCAGCAGAUUGAAGAACUGAAGCGGCAACUAGAAGAAGAGAUAAAGGCCAAGAACGCCCUGGCCCACGCCCUGCAGUCCGCUCGCCACGACUGUGACUUGCUGCGGGAACAAUAUGAGGAGGAGCAGGAAGCCAAGGGGGAGCUGCAGCGCGCCCUGUCCAAGGCCAACAGCGAAGUGGCCCAGUGGAGAACCAAAUACGAGACGGACGCGAUUCAGCGCACGGAGUCUGAGGAAGACAGGAAGAAUAUUCUCAGGCUGCAGGAUCUGGUGGACAAGCUGCAAAUGAAGGUGAAAUCCUACAAGAGACAAUCUGAGGAGGCUGAGCAGCUCUCCAAUGUCAACCUCUCCAAGUUCCGCAAGAUCCAGCACGAGCUGGAGGAAGCCGAGGAACGGGCUGACAUUGCAGAGUCCCAGGUCAACAAGCUCCGAGCCAAGAGUCGGGAGUUUCAUAGGAGGAUAGAAGAGGAAGAAUGCUUGUGUCCACUUGUCCAGGCCUCUCUGGAACAUGAAGAGGGGAAGAUCCUGCGCCUGCAGCUUGAGCUCAACCAGGUGAAGUCUGAGAUUGACAGGAAGAUAGCAGAGAAAGAUGAGGAGAUCGACCAGAUGAAGAGAAACCACCUCAGAAUUGUAGAGUCGUUGCAGAGCAGCCUGGACGCUGAGAUCAGGAGCAGGAAUGAAGCCCUGAGGCUGAAGAAGAAGAUGGAGGGAGACCUGAAUGAAAUGGAGAUCCAGCUCAGCCAUGCCAACCGUGUGGCUGCCGAGGCGCAAAAGAACUUGAGAAACACCCAGGGAGUGCUCAAGGACACCCAGAUCCAUUUGGAUGAUGCUCUCAGGACCCAGGAUGACCUGAAGGAGCAGGUGGCCAUGGUGGAGCGCAGAGCAAACCUGCUGCAGGCUGAAAUUGAGGAGCUACGGGCAGCCCUGGAGCAGACGGAGCGGUCGAGGAAAGUGGCUGAGCAGGAGCUCCUGGAUGCCACUGAACGUGUGCAGCUCCUCCAUACCCAGAACACCAGCUUGAUCAACACCAAGAAGAAGCUGGAGACGGACAUUUCUCAGAUUCAGAGCGAAAUGGAGGAUACCAUCCAGGAAGCCCGCAAUGCUGAAGAGAAGGCCAAGAAGGCCAUCACAGAUGCGGCCAUGAUGGCAGAAGAGCUGAAGAAGGAGCAGGACACCAGUGCCCACCUGGAGAGGAUGAAGAAGAACCUGGACCAGACGGUGAAGGACCUGCAGCUUCGUCUGGAAGAGGCCGAGCAGUUGGAAAGGGUCUGUCACUAG